AGAACAAUUGUACAAAAAAAAUUCACAUGGAAUCCGAGUCCUCUCUUUGCAUUCUUCCAAUUUAUCCAUAUCCUUUUCACAAAGUUCCAAUUUUUAUCACUUUUCAACUACACCCACAAAUAGAAAGCUUGAGAAAAUGGCAGAAUCUGAGGAAGAAAAUCAAGAGUUUCUACCUAAAACAAAAACAUCAUCAUUAGAGGAACAUGGUUGUUGUGCUAUGGAUUUUGAUUUGGAUUUGGAAACUUCAUGGCCUUUGGAUCACAUGUCCUUUGUCUCCAACCCUAUGUCACCUUUUCAGUUUUCCACCAUCUCUGACCAACCUUCAUCUCCUCUAUGGGCUUUUACUGAUGGAGAAGAUGAUAAGCAUGUUAAGCUUGCAGCUUCAGCUUUAUCUGAUUGCCACAAAAUCUUCUCUUCUGAUUCAAAUUCAAUAACCGAGAAGCCGGUGGAGAAUGAUGAAAACAAAAAACAUUUACCACCUCUUGUGCCACCAAUAGAAAAUUUGAAUGGAUAUUGUGCAAUCAAGGAAAAGAUGACACAAGCGCUCCGCUACUUCAAAGAGUGGACUGAACUGAAUGUUUUGGCUCAGGUUUGGGCACCUGUGAGAAACGGAAAUCGGUAUAUGCUUACAACUUCAGGUCAACCCUUCGUUCUUGAUGAUCCACAUAGUAAUGGACUCUGUCAGUAUAGAACGGUCUCCUUGAUGUACAUGUUUUCUGUGGAUGGAGAGAACGAUGGAACUCUCGGACUUCCUGGUCGAGUUUUUCAGCAGAAACUACCAGAAUGGUCUCCCAAUGUUCAGUACUAUACUAGUAAAGAGUAUCCACGCCGAUAUUAUGCUCAACAUUACAACGUUCGUGGAACCUUGGCUUUGCCUGUAUUUGAAACUUCAUUGCAGUCAUGUAUUGGUGUGCUAGAGUUAAUAAUGACUUCACCAAAGAUUAACUAUGCUCCUGAGGUUGAAAAAAUCUGCAAAGCUCUUGAGGCAGUAAAUUUGAGGAGUUCAGAAAUUUUGGACUAUCCAUACACUCAGAUUUGCAAUGAAGGGCGUCAAAACGCAUUAUCCGAGAUCUUGGAGAUAUUGACAGUGGUGUGUGAAACUCAUAAUUUACCUCUUGCACAAACAUGGGUUCCAUGUAGGCAUAGGAGUAUUUUGGCACAUGGUGGUGGUUUAAAGAAAAGUUGUUCUAGUUUUGAUGGUAGUUGCAUGGGACAAGUUUGCAUGUCUACAACCGAGGUAGCAUUAUAUAUCAUAGAUCCUCAUUUAUGGGGAUUCAGAGAGGCUUGUGUUGAGCACCACUUACAACAAGGUCAAGGUGUUGCUGGAAGAGCUUUUUUGUCACAAAACAUGAGCUUCUGCACAAACAUUACUCAAUUUUGCAAAACAGAUUACCCUUUGGUUCAUUAUGCUCUCAUGUUUGGGUUAACAAGCUGUUUUUCGAUUUGCUUGCGGAGCUCUCACACGGGAAACGACUAUUAUGUGUUAGAGUUUUUCCUGCCUCCUAAUAUUACAGAAUUUCAUGAACAGAAGACACUCUUGGGAUCCAUAUUGGCAAUAAUGAAACAGCAUUUUCAGAGUCUUAAGAUUGCUGCAGGUGUUGAACUUGGCGAAGAUGGUUCGAUUGAAAUUAUUGAAGCAAUGGAUGAAAGUGUUCAUAUUAGGAUUGAAUCUAUUCCAAUUGUUCAAUCUAUUAAAUCGCCACCAAGACCUGAUGCCUCACCAAAUAUGGAGGAGGACAAGGUACCGCAGGAUCCGUCAGAUAUUCAGGGUGAAAAUAUAGGUGGAAACAUUGAUCAGGUGUCCUUCUUAGGGAAUAAAAACGUAAAGAAACCCUCAGAGAGGAAACGUGGAAAAACCGAGAAAUCAAUUAGUCUUGAAGUUCUACAACGCUAUUUCGCAGGGAGUCUCAAAGAUGCUGCAAAGAGCCUUGGCGUUUGCCCUACGACAAUGAAGCGCAUAUGCAGGCAGCAUGGGAUAUCCCGUUGGCCAUCUCGAAAGAUCAACAAGGUUAACCGUUCCCUGUCCAAGCUCAAGCGUGUUAUUGAAUCAGUUCAAGGUGGCGAAGGAGCGUUUGAUUUGAAUUCUCUCAAUACUAAUCAACUUCCAAUUGUUAGUUCUUUCCCUGAGCCUUCUACUCCAAAUACGUCCAACCAGCAAGCCUCAUUAAGCAUUAGGCCGUCAGAGCCUCAGAUAAAAGAGAAUGGAAUCGAUGCGUCUAAAGUAUCAGAAACAAACAUAGAGGUUGUAAUGGAAGAUCAAUUGCUUGGAGGUAGGAAACGAAGUCUUGGAAAAGAAGUGAUUAUUAAUGAUAAAGGCGUGCCUGUUCAGAAGGUUAGAGCUAGGAGCGGAUCGAGCGGAGAUAGCACAAAUCCUAUUUCUCAUGACUCAUGCCAUGGUAGUCCACCAAUUGAAAGUUCAACCAUAAAAGAAAUAUUCAUUCCGUCCAACAAUGAGCAAUGUGUUGCAUUGAAGGGAUCGCCAGAGUCGAGAGUGCAGCCAACUAAUGGAUUCAACUCUGCAUCGGCUUACCGUAUGCCCGACAAUGUGAUUGCAGAACUUGAAGAGCCAUUUGGAGGAAUGCUAAUAGAGGAUGCUGGUAGUUCAAAAGACUUAAGAAAUUUGUGUCCUUCAGUAGCUGAGGCCAUUUUGGAGGAUAUGGCACCAGAACCUUGUGGGACUAAUCUUCCAGGUUCAUCAUACCUUGCUCCUAAACAGUGCAUGGAUACUAUUAAUACAUCCACGACGCCUUUUGCAGCUAGGAAAGAAAUGAAAACUGUGACUAUUAAGGCAACUUAUAGAGAAGAUAUCAUAAGGUUUAGGGUCACUUUGACUUGUGGCAUUGUGGAAUUGAAAGAAGAAAUUGCAAAAAGGUUGAAACUAGAAGUUGGUACAUUUGAUGUCAAGUACCUUGAUGAUGAUCAUGAAUGGGUUUUGAUAGCAUGUGAUGCAGACCUGCAGGAGUGCAUUGAUGUUACAAGAUCAUCAGGAGGAAGCAACAUAAUUCGGGUUUUGGUGCACGACAUUACGUCGAAUCUUGGAAGCGCCUAUGAGAGUUCAGGGGAGUGAUGUAUGUACAUACAGGUUCAGUUUGUAAUGUAUUGUUUAGAUCCUUGUGGUCAUUAGGAAGAUGGGUAAAAAAAAUUGAUUUUGGUUAAGAUAUGCUCAAAUUGUAAGAAGUUUGAGAUAAGAUAAAAGAAUUUUCACUCUAUUUAAUAUUUGGUAUCACUCAGAAGUAUAGAAUUGUUCAAAUUGUGGGAAUUUUUUCACACAUAAAAACAUUAUUAAAUUUAUAGAA